AUCGACGGGUGUUGGGCUGUCACCUGCAUGCCGCGAGUGAAUAGGCCUUUGUUGUUAAGUUUUUUCGUGAAGGUAGAAAAUUCGUGUCUUUUCUGGAAGCAAAUUUAAGAUGGAGGUAGCGAGGCCUACGCUCCUCCUCCUCCUCCUUUUCAUCGUCCUGUGGAUGAAAAGCGUCUCCGUAAACGGACAGACAACAGAUGUGAAUUUGACAGACAUCAAAAUCACGUUCGUUGAUGGGAUCUACGAAGGAAACGAUUUCAUCGUCGCUGAAGGACUGUCUAUCCCCGCAGGAGAGGCGUUCCUUUCCUAUCCUACCGAUCUCCUGUGCGACUGUCGAAUGGAAUGUUUUAGGAACAAAUCGUGCAGUGGUUCCUCUCUCCAGGUAGUGGAUGGAGCGUCAGUUUGUCGACUUACCACAAAACAUGCCAGGCAAAACAAUUUCCAGAGGCAGCAGGGUGCUACUUAUAUCUUUAAAGCAGAGACUCCUCCGAAUAUCUUUUAUGGCCUAGGGACAGACAAUCUAUUCUACCACGUCCCGUCAAAAGAUAUGAAUUACAAAAGCUCUACCAAUUCUUGCCAGAAGAUCCCCGGACACCGCUUUGCAAAGUAUAACACUGCAAGUAAAAAUCAGAGAGAAGCAAUGACGAACGUCCAACGUUAUGUAGGCAAUAAAGAUAUGUGGAUUGACAACGGAGCGCUCUUCUGGUAUCUCAAAGGCGGGGAAAUUGCCACAGGUGACGGCGUUAUGUCUAUGUUUUAUUUGUGCCAAGCAAAUCCGCUGAACAUCGACUGGUGAGAAUGUUUCGAAAAACUGAGAGGCUGAGCAAUGAAGAAGAGGAAGAAGCGACGACCGUUCAGUUUGGAUCGAGGAAAUGGUGAAUCAGAUGCACUUUAUAGCACUAUUACUAUUAAGUUAGCGUCUUAUACAUGUAAU